AUGAAUCCUACAGAAGCAAAUUCAAUCAUGGUGACCCCUUUGAGUUUCAACCCAGAUGUCAACAAUCCCAUCUCUAUGCCUUUGAAUGAAACUCUUUGUGAAAACUGGAGAGAGAUUCACCAUCUCGUGUUUCAUUUGGCCAAUAUUUGUUUUGCUGUUGGAUUGGUUAUUCCAACCACUUUUCAUCUUCAUAUGAUUGUCCUACGAGCCAUGGUAAUAAUAGGUAGGACAAACGAAUAUUUAGGAAUACGCAAAAGUUAUUAUAUGCCAAAUAGAUUUUCUUCUUAUUGCAUACUAGUACCCGCCCACCUUCUUCCAUACCACAACACAAACUGCUUUUGAAAUACAAAAGUAAUUUGCGGUGCAGAACAGGAUUCUACAGUUUAGUAUGGCAUGGAAGGGUUAAAGCCAGAAGAGGUAACUCUGGCUCAUACACGACUGCUCUGUUGUCAUAGUGAGGGAGCAUUGAUUUAGAGUGUAUCUGAUCUGUUGGAUGUCCCCACUAGUAAGGUUACACUGGGCCUCAUCAGUGGUGGCACCCAGCUUGUAGAAUGCUCUCUGACAGGUUCAGGAACCACUGACACUAUUGUCAUUUUACAUAGCUUUUAGUAAUUACGUGUUUUUGUGUAUGUGACUUAACUGAAUUCCUAAUACUGCUAUACUGAUUGUAUUAAUGCAUCUUUUUUUAAUUCUCUGUCUUAAAUUAAUGUUUUUAGUUGUCUCUGAUAUUGUAGUAUUUUUUGUAAACUAGUUUAGAUAUUAUUUUAAUAGAAAGGUGGCCUGUACAUACAAACAGCUGUAUGGUCCCAGUACACCUCCAGUGUACUUAGUGACACACAUACAUGUAAAUGGCAUGCACAGUGACCUUCUGCCAGCCAUUGUUUUCUGGGAUUUUUUUUAGUGUGAAGAGCUUUGCUUAUUGUCCAUACAUGCUUAUGACUGUGGCACACAUUAUAUUGUAGUUGCAGUGGAAUGCAUUUGCAUUCAUUGCCUACAAAGGGCCAGUGUAUGACUUGCAGCUUAAUUGGCCUAAGGAGGAGCAUUAUUAUUAAUAAUAAUAUUAUUUGGAAGUAAACAAAACAGAAUAUUUUUAUGCUUGGAAUACCUAACUGAGGAGGCUGGGAAAAACCAGUCACAGUAUUCUGUUGGAAUCAUAGUUCUUUGGACGUGUGUGUGUGUGUAUACAUAGUCAUUUGACACACUUUGUUUUUGGCAGGAUGUACACUAUUCAUCAUCUGGGCAACGCUAUUCCGUUGUGCUGUGGAUAUAAUGAUCUGGAAUACAACAUUCCUUGUUAUCAACCUUUUGCAUUUUAUAUACUUGCUAUAUAAGAGAAGACCGGUAUGUACAUCAACACUAAACUAUUGAUAAAAUGUCUAAGGUACUACUUUAAAAGGACCGUACUCUUCCAUCUUGAUUCUAUAAUGGACUUGUUGACUAACUUGAAUACAUGAAUUAUCAUUUCUACAACUCUCAAGAGCUUUGCUCUCAGGUAUUUGUUUUCAGGUUUUUUUAAACAUAAAAAUCCUUCAUACAGAGGCCUUUAAUUCUUUAUGAAUUCCUAUUUUUUUAAUUUAUUUUUUGGUAUACAGCCACCAAAUUUUCAUUUGUUUAACCUGCCAUCUUGGUUCAGCUUGAAUCCAAUGUGUCCAUUAUGGUGGUGGUGGUUGUUUUUCAGUUUUCAGGACACUUGAUUCUUUAUGAUGUAGGGCAUCUGGCUCAUUAUGACUAGGGUAGCAAGUCUUUGGGUAUUUCCUCCACUCAUCUGUUAAACCAGUUACCCCGGCAGGAAAAAUAGAUUGGUUUAAAUCAAAGUUUGUGCUGGUGACCAGUAAUCACUGAAUUGUAUGACCUUUUUGUUGUAUCAAAUAUGAAAUUGUUUUCUGUGUAAUACUGUAACCAGUUUUACAAGAUACGAUUGAAAGGCAUCAAUUAAGCAAUAAGCAGGAAGAUUCCUUGUACAUGAUUAAGGCUAUGAACUUUUCUCUGAGAGUAAGCCCUGUUGGAAGAUACAAUGCUGCAAGUCAUUCAAAGUUAUCUUGAGCCAUCAACAAACAACUUCUUCCUUUAUAGUAGAGUGCCAAAUUUAGUUACUAUAGAUCAGUGACAAACAGUUAAUUCUAUAAAAGGGGAUGGGUGUGCCUUGUUUCCUCAGCUAUUUUGUUUUCGAGGGCAACUGUGCAUCUUUCAGUGCCUAGCAAUAUAACCUAGCAGCCCCUACUGAAGCUGUUCUCCAGCCUCUUAAGAUUUUUUAAAUUGAUUCUGUGUUGCUCAGUAUUGACUUUCCCUUUAAGUGUUGCACCUGCGCUGAUGUUUUGCUGCUUUGUCAUGUAUGAAACUAAAAAGCUGGUUUGGCCCUCUCUUGCUAUCUAUGCCACAUGUAAAAAUGAAUGUCUAAUGCAGGCUUUACAUUUUUCAUACAACUCCUUUUAACUGUAGCCUGAUUUCUUUCUUAAGAACAUGCUGGUUCAGAGCUCCUCCCACUCCCACCCCCGGACUAAAAGCCUUAGACAUUUUAGCCUUUUGUCAUAGGGAAAGGGCUCCAGCCCUCUGCCCUCUUUGGCACCAUAUGUUACAGUAAUACAUGUAGAAUCAUAGAAUAGAAUCAUAGAAUCAUAGAGUUGGAAGAGACCACAAGGGCCAUCGAGUCCAACCCCCUGCCAAGCAGGAAACACCAUCAGAGCACUCCUGACAUAUGGUUGUCAAACCUCUGCUUAAAGACCUCCAAAGAAGGAGACUCCACCACACUCCUUGGCAGCAAAUUCCACUGUCAAACAGCUCUUACUGUCAGGAAGUUCUUCCUAAUGUUUAGGUGGAAUCUUCUUUCUUGUAGUUUGGAUCCAUUGCUCCGUGUCCGCUUCUCUGGAGCAGCAGAAAACAACCUUUCUCCCUCCUCUAUGUGACAUCCUUUUAUAUAUUUGAACAUAGCUAUCAUAUCACCCCUUAACCUCCUCUUCUCCAGGCUAAACAUGCCCAGCUCCCUUAGCCGUUCCUCAUAAGGCAUCGUUUCCAGGCCUUUGACCAUUUUGGUUGCCCUCCUCUGGACACGUUCCAGUUUGUCAGUGUCCUUCUUGAACUGUGGUGCCCAGAACUGGACACAGUACUCCAGGUGAGGUCUGACCAGAGCAGAAUACAGUGGCACUAUUACUUCCCUUGAUCUAGAUGCUAUACUCCUAUUGAUGCAGGCCCAGAAUUGCAUUGGCUUUUUUAGCUGCCGCGUCACACUGUUGGCUCAUGUCAAGUUUGUGGUCAACCAAGACUCCUAGAUCCUUUUCACAUGUACUGCUCUCAAGCCAGGUGUCACCCAUCUUGUAUUUGUGCCUCUCAUUUUUUUGCCCAAGUGCAAUACUUUACAUUUCUCCCUGUUAAAAUUCAUCUUGUUUGUUUUGGCCCAGUUCUCUAAUCUGUCAAGGUCGUUUUGAAGUGUGAUCCUGUCCUCUGGGGUGUUAGCCACCCCUCCCAGUUUGGUGUCAUCUGCAAAUUUGAUCAGGAUGCCCUUGAGUCCAUCAUCCAAGUCGUUGAUAAAGAUGUUGAAUAAGACCGGGCCCAAGACAGAACCCUGUGGCACCCCACUAGUCACUCUUCUCCAGGAUGAAGAGGAACCAUUGAUGAGCACCCUUUGGAUUCAGUCAGUCAGCCAGUUACAAAUCCACUGAGUGGUAGCAUAGUCAAGACCGCAUUUUACCAGCUUCUUUACAAGAAUAUCAUGGGGCACCUUGUCAAAUGCCUUGCUGAAAUCAAGGUAGGCUACAUCCACUGCGUUCCCUUCAUCUACCAGGCUUGUAAUUCUGUCAAAAAACGAGAUCAGGUUAGUCUGACAUGACUUAUUUUUCAGAAAUCCAUGCUGACUAUUGGUGAUCACAGCAUUCCUUUCUAGGUGCUCGCAGACUGUUUGCUUAAUGAUCUGCUCCAGAAUCUUCCCUGGUAUUGAUGUCAGACUGACUGGGCGGUAAUUAUUUGGGUCCUCUCUUUCCCCCUUUUUGAAAAUAGGGACAACAUUUGCCCUCCUCCAGUCUGCCGGGACUUCACCUGUUCUCCAGGAAUUCUCAAAGAUGACUGCCAGUGGUUCUGAGAUCACAUCUGCCAGUUCUUUUAAUACUCUUGGAUGAAGUUCAUCUGGCCCUGGAGACUUGAAUACAUCUAAACUAGCCAAGUAUUCUUGUACUAUCUCCUUAGUUAUUCUGGGCUGUGUUUCCUUUGCUGAAUCAUUUGCUCCAAAUUCUUCAGGUCGGGCAUUGUUUUCUUUAUCGGAGAAGACUGAGGCAAAGAAGGCAUUGAGGAGUUCAGCCCCUGUUUGCAUUUCACCAUCUUCUCCUCUGAGUGACCCCACUGUUUCUUUGUUCUUCCUUUUGCUACGAACAUACCCAUAAAAGCCUUUUUUGUUGCUUUUAACCUCUCUAGCAAGCCUUUCAUUCUGUGCUUUAGCUUUUCUGACUUUGUGUCUACACGUGCUGGCUAUUUGUUUGAAUUCCUCUCUGGUGGUUUCCCUUUUCCAUUUUUGGUACACCUCCUUUUUUAAUCUUAACUCAGUUAAAAGUUCUUUAGAUAGCCACCCUGGCUUCUUUAGGCACCUUCCAUGUUUCUGUCUCAUUGGUAUUGCCUGAAGUUGUGCUUUUACUAUCUCCCUCUUAACAAACUCCCAGCCAUCAUGAACUCCCUUUCCUUUUAGUAUUACUGUCCAUGGGAUCUCACCCAGCACUUCCCUAAGUUUUAUGAAGUCGGCUUUCUUAAAGUCAAGAAAUUGAGUCCUAGUAUGCUUGGCUGCUCCUUUCCGCUGUAUAGUAAGCUUCAGAAGAGCAUGAUCACUCGCGCCUAAUGAUCCUUCCACUUCUAUCCCACUAACCAGGUCAUCAACAUUGGUUAGGACCAGAUCUAAAAUGGCUGUUCCUCUUGUUGCUUCUCCCACUUUCUGGACAAUGAAGUUGUCUGCAAGGCCAGUGAGGAAUCUGUUUGACCUUAUGCUCUUGGCUGAGUUUGACAUCCAACAAAUAUCCGGGUAAUUGAAGUCCCCCAUUACUACUAUCUCCCUCCUUUUGCAUGCUUGGCCAUCUGUUCCAGGAAGGCAUCAUCUAUGUCCUCCGUUUGGCUUGGGGAUCUAUAGUAAACUCCCACAAUGAGGUCACUGUUAUUCUUCUCUCCCUUAAUUUUGACCCAAAUGCUCUCACUUUGGCUUUGAGGUUCUAAAUCUUGGAUCUCUUCACAGGUAUACACAUCCCUGACAUCUAACGCCACUCCUCCUCCUUUCUUGUCUGGUCUGUUUCUCUGAAAUAGAUUGUAUCCCUCCAUUAUUACAUUCCAAUCGUGGGACUUAUCCCACCAGGUUUCAGUGAUGCCUAUUAUGUCAUAUUUAGUUUGCUGUACCAAGAGCUCAAGCUCAUCUUGUUUAUUUCCCAUGCUUUGUGCAUUAGUGUACAGACAUUGAAGUCCAUUAAUCAUUCCCCCUUGUCUCUUAUUUAAGGAUUUUUUCCUCCCAUCACUAGGUCUGCGUGCUCUUUGCUCCAUUUGGUCUAUGACAUUUGGAUGAUCAUCUUCAUCAAUUGAUAGACUCCUACCUUCAGGAGCACUGUCUCCCUCCCCCACAUUAGUCAGUUUAAAGCCCCCCUGAUGAGGUUUCUGAGAUUUUUGGCAAAAACAUUCCUCCCAACCGUUGUGAGGUGCAGCCCAUCACUUGCCAGAAGUCCAUCUUCAAGAAACUGCAGUCCGUGAUCUAAGAAUCCAAACCGUUCCUGUUUACACCAUUUGCGAAGCCAGCUGUUCACUUCCACUAUUUUCCCUCUCUCCCUGGGCCACGUCGUUCAACUGGGAGGACAGAUGAGAUGACAAUUUGUGCUUUUAAUUGCUUCAAUUUCCUGCCCAGAGCCUCGUAGUCUCUUUUGAUCUUCUGGAGGCUAUUGCUUGCAGUGUCAUUGGUUCCCACAUGAACCAAGAGGAAGGGGUAUUUGUCAGUGGGUUUUAUGAUUCCUUGCAGUCGUUCAGUUACAUCUUGGAUCUUAGCCCCGGGGAGACAGAACACUUCCCGAGACAUCUUGUCAGGCCCACAGAUCACUGCUUCUGUUCCCCUCAGUAGGGAAUCCCCUAUCACCACUACACGCCGCCUCUUAGGUUUGGUCGGGGUUCUUCCGUGAGCUGUCCGUUCCAAGGUCGCCUGCACAUUCCCUGAGGACUGACUUUGCUGCUCGUCUUCAUAUACCUGAUUGACUGUAAUGAGGGAGAUCCUCAAAUGGAGUCUGCUCUUCGUCUUCCAUGCUAGGGGAGAGGACCUCAAAGCGAUUGUGUAUUUCUAAACAAUCAGAGCGAACCCUGGGCUUCCUACUUCUUUGAGUCACGUUUCUCCAUAUAUCUGGCUCCUGUGUUGGUGAACUAGCCUCCUUCUCAGGGGAGUCCCCUGUCUCUUCCUUGGUGGAGACGGUGUGCUCUGUUGCUUCCAAGAAGAGCUCCAGCUCUCUAAUUCUUUGGAGCGUAGCUACACAUUCCUCCAGUUGCUGGACUUUGUCUUCUAAGAGGGCAAUCAGCAUGCAAUUGCUGCAGGUAAAGCUGCCUGCAACCUUUGGCAAGAUGGCAAACAUUGCGCAGGAACCACAGGUGACUGCAGCUGUUCCCUCCCCCUCCAUCUUGAGAACGUGUUGUUGGGGGUGGCUACAGCGGUCCUCCAUCAUAAAAAGCGUGAAGACAGGACAAAUAACUCUCCCCCCCAAAAAAACAUAGGUCUCCCCCAACAAACGUUUGAGACUAGCUCCCCUAAAUCUAAAAGAUGGAUCAAACCGCUGCCCUGCAAGCUCUGAUAAGCUCCUCCCACAGCUAAUCACCUGCCUCAACAGAAACCCUGCCCCCUCUGACCUUUGCACAGGAAGAGCAGCUAAUCAGCCACAAAGAAACACACACACACAAGAAAACCCUUUUUGCUCCUUCUUCAGCUGCUGCCCUGCAAGCUCUGUGUGUGGUUUUCUUUUCUGGGGUUGUCUGAACAAAAGCAGAUUGCUGGCUGGGGAGGGGCGUGCACGCUGCAGAUUAUUGCCCCAUUCCAAAUCGUUCUUGUAAACCUGCUUGUGCUCCACUUGUUGGAUCCUAAACACAUGUUUGAUUGAGCACCCACAUCUGGAUCAUGAGGUGGAUAAAGGAACCAUCUUGAAUGAUUUGGACUGGGAAAGUUUAAGCCCUUCCUUUCUCCGUCAUGUUGCGCAUUGGUGAACUUGGUUUUUUUAAAAAAAAGAAGAAAAAGGAGUUUGCUUUUGGGGAGGGCAGAGAGAGGGAGAAAGGUUAUCUCAUGUUUUCAUGUAAUGAAAUUUUAUAGAGUUUUGUUCCAUGUUGCAUUUACUGUGAUUGUCUGAAUUGGCAUAUUUGGAGCAUAGAAUCAUGGAAUUGUAGAGUUGGAAGGGAUCCCGAGGGUCCAACCCACUGCAAUACAGAAAUCUCAACUAAAGCAUCCCUGACAGGCAGCCAUCCAACCUCUGCUUAAAAGAAACCUUCAAGGAAGGAGAGUCCACCACCUUUUUAGGGAAUCCUUUCCACUGUCAAACAACUCUUACCCUCACAAAGUUCUUCCUAGUGUUUAGUCGGAAUCUCCUUCCUUAUAACUAGAGUCCAUUUGUUUGGGUCCUACCCUCUGGAGCAGGAGAAAGCAAGCUUGCUCCAUCCUCCAUGUGACAGCCCUUUAGCUAUUUGAAGGUAGCUAUCAUAUCUCCUAUCAGUGUUCUCUUAUCCAGGCUAAACAUAGCCAAUUUCCUCAACUGUUCCUGGUCAUCUUGGUCACCCUCCUGUGCACACAUUCCAGCAUAUCAAUAUCCUUCUUAAACUGUGGCACUCAGAACUGGACUCAGUACUCCAGAUGUGGUCUGACAAAGGCACAAUAUAGUGAGACUAUUACUUCUCUUGGUUAGUGGUACCUCGGAUUACAACACUUCAGGUUACAGACUCCACUAACCCAGAAAUAGUACCUCAGGUUAAGAACUUUGCUUCAGGAUGAGAACAGAAAUCGUGCUCUGGCGGCGCAGCGGCAGCGGGAGGCCCCAUUAGCUAAAGUGGUGCUUCAGGUUAAGAACGGACUUCUGGAACGAAUUAAGUACUUAACCCGAGGUACCACUGUACUGUACUUCGGUUGAUGCAGCCUAGAAUAGCAUUAUUUUUUUGCUGCUGCAUCACACUGUUGACUCAUGUUAGGUUUGUGGUCUACUAAGACCCUAGAGCCUUUUCGCAUGUACUACUGCCUAAUUCAGGUGUCCCCCUAUCUGGCUAUUCCUGCCUAUAUAUCCCUAAUGAAAUUCAUUUUGUUAGUUUGGGCCCAGUUCUCCAAACUGUUAAGGUCAUGUUGAAUCCCAGUUUUGUCUUCUGUAGCAUCAGCUACCCCUCCCAGUUUGGUGUCAUCAGCAAAUUUGAUGAGCACCUCCUCAAGUCUAUUAUCCAAGUGGUUUAUAAAGGCGUAGAACAACAAUGAGCCCAGGAUAGAAUCUGGCAGCACCCCACUUGAGACUUUUUUCCAGAAUGAUGAAGUACUAUUAGUUCCUUUGGGCACUCUUUGGGUUCAGACAGCCAGCCAGUUACAAAUCCAUCUAACAGUUCCUUUAUCUACAAGACUAUCUUACUGAAAUCAAGAUACACUCUGUCCACAUCUUUCCCCUGAUCCACCAAGCUUGUAACGAGAGAGAGAGAUUCAUCUGGCAUGACUUGUUUUUGAGAAACCCAUGCUGAGUCUUAGUAAUCACAGCAUCCUUUCCCAAGGGCUUACAGACAGACCAUUCAAUUAUCUGUUCUAGGAUCUUUCCUGGUAUUAGUGUCAAGUUGACUGGUUGGUAGUUACCUGGGUCUUCUUCCCCCCAUUUUUGUUUUGAAGAAAGGGAACAUUUGCCUGCCUGCAGUCUGCAGGGACCUCACCUGUUCUCCAAGAAUUCUCAAAGAUGAUAGACAGAGGCUCUGACACUACAUCUGCAAGCUUCUUUGGUCCCCUUGGGUACAGCUCACCAGGCCCUGGAGAUUUGAAUUCAUUUAAAGUAGCUAGGUGUUCCUUUACCACCUCUUUUCCUACCUUGGGUUGCAGCUCCCUCCUUGAAAUGUUGGCAUGAAAUAUUGAAGCCACCUCUCAAAAGGCUGAAGACUCAUGUGACUGUGAUUGCUUCCCUGUUUUAGACAGUGGAUUUGCUUUCUGGCUGUCAAUAUUCUUCCUGUCUGUCUUGCUGUGUGUGUGUGUAUAACUCAAUAGCUCAUCUGCUUUCCAGCAUCCUUCACAGUUUGGUUAUUCGUGAUGAAUAUAAAACCCACAUCAAAAUUGAAAUAUUAAGAGUGUUUCAUUUAAUCCAGUUAGAUUUGAUUUAAUAUAUAAAUAAAAAAUGAAAACAGCACAGCAAGCUAGAUGACUCAUUCUUACAGUCAUUGCACAAAAACUUAAAGUGUUUCAGGCUUUUCUCUUCCCUCCUAAGCUGAAUAUGUCAUCAGAAGAACACCAAUGCAACUGAAAGCUUUGGCAUGGGAAAACAGGAAUUUGGUGUGCAGUUUAUUAGAAGCCUUUAAAAGGCGGCCUUUAAUGUUGAGUAGGGAUGGUCAAAUCUGUCACUUUAGUUUCUCAUUUUUCUAAUACUCAGUUCUCAACAUUUCCUUGCCAGUAUGCAUUUUUUUUUAAGUCCUCAUGAAAAUUCACCAGCGUUUUAGUGUUAAUUUCUCCUAAUACACACAUUUAUAUGCUAUUUUGCACAAUUUUUGCAGUCCUAUCUCUCCAUAUAUAUGCAUACUUAGCUUUAAUUUAUGCAUUUUUAUUUGGGUGAAGAAUUGCAUGGCAAAAUUAAGAGAAAUUCAAAUUUCAAAGCAUGGUUGUGUUUCAAUUCAGAUAUUGUUUGAAAAGUGCAAGUUACAUAGGUUUUAUUUCCUGCUAAUAAAGUCAUUCUAGUUCUGUGAUACAUUGCAUAUGGGCAGUUUAUAUGGAGAUGUACAUGAUAUUUGCUGCUUUACUACUGAAUAAUUUUCAUCUAGAGUAGUCCUCUCACACUGCACUUUCUACAGCUGUUCUGUAGCAUCUGUUCACUGUGGCAUGAGUGAACAGUAUGAAAAUGAAGCAUGAAAUAACACUUUGACCUAAAUGAACUGAAAAGAUAAGGGAGAAAAUCCAGUAUGUGUUUUAGUCUAAUUACUUGGCAAAAAAUUGAGAAAGGAGGACAGAUUGCAAGAUUCCUAGCAUCUUUAUGACAAAUGAAUACUCACAUUUCUCUUUAAACCCAAGGGCAAAGCUCUUUUCCCCACAGAGCAUACACCUCUUUUUCCUUUCUUAUUUAUUAGCAAGAAAUAAUCUAAACUACAGACAAACUCUCUCUUCCCUUGAAUUAUGCCUCUGUUAUGCCUUCGAUACUUAUUUGUCUAGUGCUGAAGCCUUUCCUGUUUUUGCUCUUCAUGACACCCACUUUCUCCUCUCUUUGCAAACCAAUUUGGUCUCUGCUCAAUCUGGUAGUGUUUUUAGAUACGGUAGGACACUGUGUCCUGGGUAGUAACUCUAUUGAUUCAGAAGCACAGCUAGAUAUGAGCCACCCUGUUUCCUGUUUUGGUGCAUAAAUGAGUGUAGAAUGUUAGACACUGUUUUCUCUUCCUUACAGCAUCUUAUAAUGGACUGGCUUUUGCAAGCCUUUAGAGUUGUUUUCAUGGCUCUCUGGCCAACUUCCGCUUCUUAGCAAAGAACCAAAAGAAUUAUAUUAGUACUUUGCUUUUGAGCAUUACCUGUAGAGUGCUCAAAGUGCUUCACAUAACUUGCUUUUCUCACUCUAGCCCUGUGACAUUUUUUUACCCCCUUAUUGCAGUUGGGAGUGUGUGGAGAUAUAAUGAGACAUGUUGAAGGUCACCUAGCUAUUUCACAGCCAAAUUGAGAUUUGACCUGAAUGUAUCCUGAUUUGUAGGUCAGUCUCUUCGGCUAUAAACAUCUAGAUGGAAGCAAGUUUAACUGAACUCAGAUGCAGGUCCCAUUGAGUAAACGUUUAGAGGACUGUACUCUUAGUCACUUUGACUCACCAGCUCUAUGCUACAACAGGUAGAGAAAUAACUGGGAAAAUAAGGAAAGAUCUGAUUACCUAUUUUAUUAGAAUAUAAUUCUAUUGCCAUUUAUAUCUGUAUUACUGCAUUGGUUACAUCUGCUUGUAGCCAUGAGUGUGAUAUCACUUUCUGGGUCAUGUGGCCAGCAGGACUAAAUCGCAUCUGGUGCAACAGAGCACAGUGAUGGAAGCCAGAGUACACAGAAAUGCCAUUUACCUUCCUGCCGCAGUGGUACUUUUUAUCUACUUGCACUGGUGUGCUUUUAAACUACUCUGUUGGCAGAAGCUGGGACAGAGCAAUGGGAGCUCACGCCAUCACAUGGAUUCAAACUGCUGACCUUCCAAUCAGCAAGCCCAAGAGCCUCAGUGGUCUAGACUAAAGCGCCACCCGUGCCCUUUGAAUCAUUUUAAACUGUACAGGCACUUCCCAGCUUAAAUGUAGGCUGGAAGAAACUGGUAUUUCCACACAUAGAAAAAUACAAUGCAACUUCUAACUCUGAUAUUAUUAUUUAAAUUUCUAUGGUAAAAGCACAUCUGCUAAUAUAUAACUAUAGUGUUAGAUGUAUCCCAUUUGUCAGUUUCUUUGAUGCUACAUUGGAAUAAAGUUGUCACUGGUUUGUAUGUUUAUGUGUUUUGGGUAAAAAGUAUAUUUUAGAGUCAAUGCUGAGAAAUACUUACUUUUGUGUUAUAGAUAAAGAUAGACAAGGAGCUCAACAGUCUGUAUAAGAGAAUGUUUGAACCACUCCAUGUGCCUCCAGAGUUGUUCCAAAGACUGACAGGACAAUUCUGCAACAUUCAGACACUAAAAACAGGUCAAGCGUAUGCUGCAGAGGACAAAACAUCAGUGGACGAUCGAUUAAGCAUCCUGUUAAAAGGAAAGUACGUGCUUGAAAAAGUUUGAACAGCAGUAGUCCUUUUCAUGGCAUAAUUGAAGUGUGGAAAAGUGGAAAUGAAAAUUGAAAGGGACUGCAAUAUACAAUAACUUGUGUCCUCUUUUAUACAUAACAUUGGUUUUGAAUAAUAUGAAUGUAUACAGUAGCAAUUCAAUGCUGCUUUCCUCCACUGCUUUAAGAUACUGCUUUGAGGUAGCAGUAACCUUUACUGAUCUCUGCAAUGCUUGAGCCAAUUGCUUCUUGGCGUCUCACAUACUUUUUUGGUGUCAGUGAGCUGUAGCACUCUCUCAUGCCACCAUGAUUCCUAAGUUGUUGAUUCACUUUGUUUAACUAUACCUUAGUGUUACAUCAGAGUUCUACCCACACCACACAUUUAAAGCAAUAUUAUACCACUUUAACAAUCAUGGAGAAUCCUGGGGAAUGUUGUUUGUUAAGGGUGUUGCUCUGUGACCGUUAAUGAAAUAGAGUUCCCAUAAUUUUCCAUGUCUAGUUCGUUUCUCCCCCACUCCCACACUUCAUGAUAUGCAAGUCUACCUUCUGAAGUGGGAAGCCUGCUAUAUUCAAAAGCAUAUCUGUUUUUGAAUCCCAACUUUCCAGGGUUCUAAACACAGUAAAUUAUUGUAUGAAUUGAAUUGAAUUGUUGUGCCUCUGGUAUUUUCAUAUGCUUUUCAUAUUUUUAUCAUCAGAAUGAAGGUCUCCUAUCGAGGGCAUUUUCUGCAUAAUAUUUACCCCUGUGCCUUUAUAGAUUCUCCUGAAUUUCGAUCAACUCAGAUGCAUCGAGGUGAGAAGUUCCAGGUAUGGAACUGUUCUGUUGGGUGUGAAUGUAAUUCUUGAUGAAAAAAAUAUGUGGUGCUAUAGAGUUAACUUUUUCAUAUAGCCUUUUCAGAUGUUAAUGUUGGAGAAUAUAAUUGUUAUCAUUCUAGAUGCAAAAGUGGCAGUGUUGUGUUGCUUGUUGAGAGCUGUAAAAUAAUAUAGUUUCUUUCUUUGGAUUUUAAAGGUUUAACGCAGGUACCAUAAUAAAUAUUGGAUAAAAUAAUAAUUUGACUCUGUUGUGGGACUAAGGAAACAUAGAACUGUAGCGUUGGAAGGGACCCUGCAGGAAUACACAGCUGUCCCAUAGGGGUAUUGAACCUGCAACCGUGGUGUUAUGAGUACCACACUCUCACCAAGUGAGCUAUACAGGCUUAUGCCUUAUGUUAAUCUGAACACUAAUCUACUUUAAAAGCAUUGAAGAUAAAUAAGGACAGCAAUAGUACCCUCUCUUCCAUAUUCUAAAAUGAUUUUGAACCCCAAGGCCCCCAUUUUUAAAUAAAAAGCAGACAAUUAUAAAUUUAAAUUUCACCACCACCCAUCCUCCUUCCUUUUCUUCCUGACCUUAAACUGUACUCAACACUAAUGUCUCAUAACAAAUGUAACUACUGAUCUGUAGAAAAGACUGUGUAACCUGAAAAAAGAGCUGAGGCAUGUACUUUUGUAAACCAAGAAAAUAUUUCGUAAAUAUAUACACACACACACACACACACACACACACACACACACACACAGUGGUACCUCGGGUUAAGUACUUAAUUUGUUCUGGAGGUCCAUACUUAACCUAAAACUGUUCUUAACCUGAAGCACCACUUUAGCUAAUGUGGCCUCCUGCUGCUGCUGCGCCGCCGGAGCACAAUCUCUGUUCUCAUCCUGAAGCAAAGUUCUUAACCUGAAGCACUAUUUCUGGGUUAGCGGAGUCUGUAACCUGAAGCGUAUGUAACCCAAGGUACCACUGUGUGUGUGUGUGUGUGUGUGUGUGUGUGUGUGUGUGUGUAAAAGCUGACAAUUCUCCAUCUCCUAAGUAAAAGGGGAGGCCAGAGGAAUAGUGGCUGCUCAAGGGGAAAGGAAGCAGAGUAGGUAUUGGCUUGAGAAGUAGGGACUUAAUUCGAUGGUAAGUAGAUGUGGUAAAGAUAGGAAACGAGGGAGGGGAGUUGAGACAAAACCUUCCCAUCUGUGGGUGUUGUAUACUGUUGGUAAGAAGGCAGUAUCUCAGAAUGUGAUAUUUGGAGGCAAAGUCACUGUACGUCUGGAAUUUAAGUUGUGAAGAUACCUCAGUUUCCCCAAAGGUGGCUGCUGUGAAGUGGGCAAGCUGAAUUUCACACACAAAAUUGUACCAAGCACCCAGUUUGGGGGCGGCAGAUCUUUAGUGAGUUCUUGUUUUUAACUAUGACUAUGCAGUAUCUACUUGAUUGUAAAGCCAGGACAGAGGGUUGAUACAGUGUCUAAAACUGGUAAUUGAUGUAAUAUGUUCCAGUCAAGAACUGGGCAUAAAGCCAAAACGAGGUAGCUGUCAAGAUAUAUUCAUCUCUGCACUGGAAGGAAGUUAUGGGAUACUUAACACUAUUCCUAAUAGAUUAUUUUUGGUCAUUGAUUUGUUCUGAGCUGAGAGGAAACCACCUAAUUUUAAAGGAGUAGAUCUUUGCAUCUCUUUUAUUUAGAUCAGGGUUUGGAUAUUUAUUUUUCACGAAAUGAAAAAUGUUCAUUUUAUGACUGAUGGGUAGACAUUUCCAAAUUUCUGUUUCUAAAUAUAUGCAGGGAUGGAAAUUGUAUUGUUGUAGCCCACCGGAAGAUGCUUACUUGGCAGGUGGUAUAUGAAUAGCUUAACUAAAUAGGUACACCAAAUUAAAAACUGGUUCAUGGCAUUUCCUGGCAUGCUUUUAUAUUGGGCAUAGAUCAUUUUGCUUUAACAUAUUUUGGGAGACAGCACAUUCAUAAUUCACUUCCCUGUCAGGAUCACUGAUCAUUUCUUCCCUAUGAGUCUGGGGUGGGCUUUAGCUUGGGGUCUUUCUUUCUUUCUUAGUACACUGGUGCCAUCUGCUGGACACAUGUCAACCUUAGCAAACUACCAUAGCUACCUUUUGCUUUUACUGGUUGGUGUAUGUGUGAAUCAACCCUUAGAACUGAGCUGCAAUCCUAUACACGUGCAUCUCAAUCUCAGUAGGGUUCCAUCAGACUUCUGCAUUCAUACUGGUCCAGUUGUAUCAUAAUUCGUUGCACUAUUGAUAAACUGAUGUUGUUCGUUCAUUUUUAAAUUUGUCGGUGCUGUCUUUCUCUAAGCCAUAAAGAUGGUGUGCAACAGAUCAAGACAAUUAAACAUUGUAAUGUUUUAAUAUUUUAUUGGUGAAUUCAAACAACAGCACUAGUUUUAAAAAAGGGUCAAAAAAGGGUGAUAUUAAUGUAUUCAUUUAAUUUUUUAAUGUUUUCUCUUUUUUAAUAUUUUGUAUAUUAUCAUUAUUGUUGGUAUAUAUUGAGAGUAAAAAUAAUAAUUGUUGGUAUUUUUAAAUAUUGCAUUAGUGCAUAUAUUUUUGUUGUUGUUGAUAUGACCACGACGGUAGAAGCAGCAAGACCACAUACAACAGCAAAAUUUUGGGCCUGCAUAUAGCGUGUUAAUCUAUGUUCCUUUAUUCAAAUUUGGCCUGUUUAAUCCCAGACAUUGGUGUCCAUCUUUUUCAUUCCUUUUAUGCAAUGGAUUUGUUCACAUGCUGCUUUUAAUUAAAUGGAUUUGGAAGGCAAGUUUCCAAAACGUCAGAAGAAUUUUCCUUGCAAAUUUCUGUGAAAUUUUGGGAACCCAUUGGCCAUGAUCUAUCUAUUAAGCACAUUCUGUGUCAGACUGUGGAUGUGGUGUUUGAAGGAUAAACCACUAUUGAUACAUUUUGUGUUAAGUCUCUUUCUGCUGAACAUCCAAACUAAAAUGCAUUGUGGUCAGUGGCUCCCAUUAAAGCAGUCCUAAUUCUAUGAAUAUACUUAAUUUGCAGGUCUCCAUUACUGCUGAUGAUAACUGCAAAUUUUUAUGCUGGUCCAGAGAGAGACUUACCUUUUUCCUGGAAUCUGAACCAUUCCUCUUUGAAAUAUUUAAGUACCUUAUUGGAAAAGAUAUUACUAACAAGUUGUACUCAUUAAAUGAUCCAACACUAAAUGAUAAGGUAAGGAUUUCAUCUCUGCUGUUGGAAAUUGUGUAGCUGUUGUCCUCAAUUCUUAAAAAUGCAUCUUCCCUUUCUAUGCUACCUCUUUUUUUAUAUAUUUGUUACAUUUUGAAUAAUAGUAUCAUAGAAUUCUAGAAAGGCCCCCAACCCCUUCACUGCAGCAAUCUCAGCUAGAUCAUUCACGAUUGUCCUGAACUCUAGGCCCAAAGGAGGGCUUGUGGGAAUGGUUGGGUGGAGUUUUGCUGAAGGAGGAUGCCAAAAACAUCAGAAUGGCCAGUUCUAGUGCUUUAUUAAGAAAAGUAUAGACUUAUGGCAAAGCAGCCUGCCAGUUUGGGUUUAUGGUUCAGAACAAUGAUGCUCAUCCAACCGCUACUUAAAAACCUCCAAUGAAGGAGAGCCCACCACCUUUCAAGGGAGUGAAUCUUCCCUGUGACAGCCCUUUAAAUAUUUGAAGAUGGCUAUCAUCUGCUCUGUCUUCUCUUAUCCAGGCUAAAUGUGCCCAACUCCCUCAACUUAAGACUUGGUUUCCAGAGCUUUGAUCACCUUGAUCAUCGUCCUCUGCACACAUUCCAGCCCGUUAAUAUCCUCCUUAAAUUGUGGUGCCCAAAGCUGGACAUCAUUCAAGGUGUGGUCUGACCAAGACAGAAUAAAGCGAAACUAUUACUUCCCUUGAUCUAGACUCUAUAAUUCUGUUGGUGCAGCCUAGAGUAGUAUUAGCUCUUUUUUUUGCUGUUGCAUCACACUGUUGACUCUUGUUAAGCGUGCAGUUUACUAAGAGCACAGUGAUGACUGUCGUACCAUUUUCAAAUGUCUGGGGAAACGGCAUUUAGCAUACACAUGUGGAAAGUAAGAAUUCCACAAAUAAUUAUCUCUAAAGGCCUCUUACUAGCAGAGCAUCUCAAAAAAUCAUCUAUCCAAAUCUUCCAAUUCCUGCUUUCUCUCUCUGUGUGUGUGUGCGCACACACACACACACACACACACACACACACACACACACACAAUGAAGCCAGCCUUGAGGGGGUGGAUCUACUUAAAUGAGCCCUGCUAGGCUGAUCCUAGUUACUUGGAAAAGGGAUGUGUGGCCUAUCACAUACAUGGCAAGCUCCAGUGAUGUAGUAGUGUGUCAGACAUGGAUCAGGAGGAAGCAGUUUCAAAUCCUCACAGAGCCAUGGAGCUCAUCAGGUGAUCCUGGGACCAUUCUCCAGUUCUUAGCCUAGCCCAGCUAAUGGCACCAGGUGAAAAUAUUCCUCUUUAACCAGGCCUUUGGCUGAUUGACAUCUGAUGCCCUUUUAAAAUGUGUUGUGGAAGGGGGGAUUAUUGGAUUUUCUUUAUUGUGUAUUUUCUGUUUUUUAUAUUGUGAACCACCCUGAGAUCUAUGGUUAUAGGGUGGCAUACAAACAAUAAUCGCUUUUGUGGGGGGGGGGGGAUGGAAGAAAUGUCUGCCAUUCUGAGCUCCUUGGAGGAAGCAAGAUUGGUACUGAAAUGCAAAUAAAUAUAUGUUCAGGUUUAUUAAUGAUGAACUAUUUGGUAUAACUUGUUUCUCUACAGACAUCCCAGAAAAUAGAUCGACAGCCCAGUUUGUGCUCACAACUUUCUGUGAUGCAAAUGAGAAACAGCAUGGCUAGUUCAAGUGAUGGCGAAGAUGGCUUGCAACAUUUUCUCCGUGGGACUUCCACUGCCUCAACCCUUCGUGAGUCAUUAACCAACAUUUCCAGCUAGUCAAUCGCAAGUGUUGUGGGGAAAAUACUUUAGCACAAGGGGAAAUACCAUUACACUCAGACAUUAGUUGUGGGUUCAGGCCAUGAUUUUUAAGAAAAAAUUUUGUCCUCACAUUCAUGCUCACUGCGCAGUGACUGCAAUCAAGCAAUGAUUUUCAUGUGUGAAUGGGACAUUGCAGUUCAGACUUCACAGGCUCAUCAUUCAUAUCUUGUAUCUCAUCUUUCUCAGUGUGCCACAGUUUCUACAUUCGAUCGCAAAUUAUCAAAUGCUAUGCAGGUUUUACUUUAUUUAUAACUUCUAUACCACCCUUUAUCUGAGGAUCACAUGGUGGAUUACAAUACAGAAACACAAAUAUACAUAACAUACUAACUAAUGAAAACAGUACCCCCCAUGUAGUUUAAAGGGCCAUGAAUUGUAAUAUUUAUUGCAAGCUUUGAUGCAGUGCCCCAUUGUGUUAUGUGCUGAUCUGAGCAAGAACUACUGUUGGUUAGAGUACAGAUUUUUUUUAUAAUUGAAUGAAGUAACACUAGCUGCUAUGGAUUUCAUAAUUCUGCUUUUUUUCAUUCAGCUUUACUUUCAAACUGAACUGAUAUAAUGCUUUGCUUUUGGAUGCUUGCAGCCUUUUAAGAUAUUCCCCCCUCCCCAAGAAAUGUUCCUAUUACAUGCAUUUUAGAUUCCAAAAGACUGAGAAAGAGCUCACAUCCUUAAUAGUACUGCUCAAGAUGGGGAGCAAUACUGAAAAUGAACCAUAGGUGGCACUAAGUAAUUCUGUUUUUUAUUGUUUGCCUGGCUGGCACCAGUAUUCCCUCUAAACCAGCCUGUUCAGAUUUAAACUGAAACACUCCAUUUCCUUGAAAGGACACAUACCUUCUUACUUAGAAUAUGGGUGGUAGUGGUGGGAGGAGGUGCUGGUUUUUGUUUCCUUUUUGAAGUGUAAUAAUUUAUUUUAAAGUUAUUUCCUUUUUUCACGGUUGACAGGUCAGCCAUCUCCUUGUCUAAGAACAUCAGCAAAAAUGAAACCAAUUGAAGAAAGUGUGGAAGAUGAUGUCUUUCAUCCCCCAUCAGUCAAAUCAACUAAAGUUUAG